UAUCUGGGAUCUAGUGUUGGUCCAUGAAGCAGGAACUGCUAUGCUGCCGCGCCAAACCAUUCCAUUUCAUUUGAAAGCAGUGAGUUGAUUCUGUUUUCUUCUUAACAAACGUGCGCAACAGUUUUCUCGGAUAAUAUUUCAAAAUUUCCUACAAAAUCUUCGAUAUCUCUGAGAAUUUGAGAGUUGAGACUUUUCAAAAGUUUAGUGACUGCGCUCUCAUCACUUCUCUGCUUCUCUUUCUCUACACAUGGCGUCGCGGGGUUGGUUUUCUUUCCGAACAUUUUUCCCAUCGUUUCAGGGAGGGAUGAGGCAGCAAGUUGAUCCUGCGGCUCAUACAAUCAAGUCUCAUGGAGCCGCACUUGCAAGAAAUCACGUUCGUGAUUGGUUUAUAUUGGUGCUUCUCAUAGUAAUAGAGGUUGUCCUUUUUGUCAUUCAUCCAUUUUACCGUUUUGUGGGAAGGGACAUGAUGGAAGACCUUAAAUAUCCUUUGAAAGACAACACGGUGCCCGUAUGGGCUGUUCCUUUAUACGCGGUUCUGUUGCCAAUGGCCGUUUUCCUUCUCUUCUAUAUGCGCAGGAGAGAUGUUUAUGAUUUGCACCACAGUGUUCUAGGUUUGCUAUUUGCUGUUCUGAUCACUGGGGUCUUGACCGAUGCAAUAAAAAAUGCAGUUGGCCGGCCUCGGCCAGACUUCUUUUGGCGUUGCUUCCCCGAUGGGGUAGAGGCUUAUGAUAAAUGGGGAGGUGUGGUAUGUCAUGGCAAGGAAAGCGAUAUAAAAGAAGGACACAAGAGUUUCCCAAGCGGCCAUACAUCAUGGUCCUUUGCAGGCCUAGGUUUUCUCUCUCUGUACCUAUCCGGAAAAAUUAAAGCUUUUGAUCGCAAAGGACACGUGGCAAAGUUGUGCAUUGUGUUUCUUCCUCUACUUGUUGCUUGCUUAGUUGGAAUCUCUCGAGUGGAUGACUAUUGGCACCAUUGGCAAGAUGUAUUUGCCGGAGGUCUUCUAGGGCUUGUUGUUGCAACCUUUUGCUAUAUGCAGUUCUUCCCUGCGCCCUAUAAUGAUGAUGGAUGGGGUCCAUAUGCAUAUUUCCGGGCAAUGGAGGAAUCACGAGGCAACGCAAACAUUAAUCGUGACUCACCCGUUGUACAGGCCAUGGAGGAUAGGGUUAUGAAUCAAGAACCAAGGAGAAAUGGUGAUACCUUCACCCCUUACUCUUAUCAUAGCCCAACCUUGGAAGCCAUGGAAAUGGGACAGAAGUAAUCUUUAUGGUCACCGAUCCUCACUUUUGUGUAUACUUGUAAUAGAAUGAGGUUCUCUACACGGCAACAACACUAGAUUUAACAAACUAUCAACAUUGUGCAGCUUCUGUUGUUCAUGCAUUAUUAUUGGCACUGCCACUGUAAAAAUGAAACAUGGCGGCUGCUUUCCGCUGAAUAAUGGGUGAUUUUUUUUUUCUUUUUGUGUUUAAAUAUGGAAUCCCAUUCUGACCUAUAAAGGUAAAAAGAAUAUUUUAGAA